AGCCACAAACCACCUACGUGUCACAUCAUCUUCAUCUCCACCUCUUCACAACACAAUAAAUCAAACCCAACAUCAUCAUUCCAAACCUUCUGUUUCAUAACACACCAAUCUUAAAUCUUCAAACUUUAACCAUGAAAGUUCAUGAAAGAAGAUCACACAACCACCCUUCUGCUGAUGAGGACAAGAUCAUCAAAACCAGAAAACAAAAGGCUGAGAAACAAGAACACGAAAACCCCACGAAAAAACCCAAACCAGAAGACACACAUAACGCUAAUCCAACUGUCAAUGACGUCAUCACUGAGUUUGAAAAGUUCUGUAAGGCUACAAGUCAGCAUCUUUCUGUCCAACAGAUGCGUGAAAUACUUGAAGCUAAUAAUGUUCAGAGUUCUGGGUCCGAUGACACUGUUGUUUGUCGAUGCCAAGAUAUGAUGUUUUACGGGGCGUUAAGCGAGUGUCCAGUUUGCGGGGGGAUGCUGGAGUGUGUUGGUCAGAAUUAUAGCUGUAAAGGGUCGUAUAGCGAGUGGUCUACUUGUACGUAUAGCACAAGGGAUCCUCCUAGACUGGAUGAACCGAUCAAGUUUCCUGAUUUUGUGCAAGAAUCUGCUAUUUCUGAUUCGCUGAUGAAGCAUCAAGACCCGAAAGGAAGACCGAAAAGGGAGUUGAAAGCGACGGAUAAACCGUUUUCGGGGAUGCUCAUAUCGCUAUCUGGUCGACUCACUCACACCCAUCAAUAUUGGAAGACCAAGAUUGAAAAGUAUGGUGGAAAAGUAGCCAACCAUGUUAUCGGAGUGACUUGUAUAGUCGUAUCUCCAUCUGAACGAGACCGAGGAGGCUCAUCAAAAGUAACCGAAGCAUUGGAACGAGGCAUACCGGUGGUACGCGAAGCUUGGUUAAACGACAGCAUUGAGAAACAAGAACCACAACCGUUGGAUGCUUACGAUGUUGUUAGCGAUCUUUCCGUUGAUGGCAAAGGAAUCCCAUGGGACAUGCAGGAUCCAAGUCAAGAAGCACUCGAAUCUCUAAAUGCCGAAAUUAAGAUGUAUGGUAAAAGAGGGGUGCACAAAGAUAGCAAGUUGGAUAAAGACGGUGGCGUUAUCUUCGAGAAAGACGGGAUCUUGUACAACUGUGCGUUUUCGGUUAGUGAUAGGGGGAGAAAAAUCAAUGAGUUUUGUGUCGUUCAACUGAUCAUGGUGCCGGAAAACCGGUUGCAUUUGUACAUGAAGAAGGGGAAAGUCGGUGCAGACCCGCGAGCCGAAGAACGAGUUGAAGAAUGGGAGAAUGUAGAUGAUGCAAUCAAGGAGUUUGUUAAACUGUUUGAAGAGUUAACCGGAAACGAGUUUGAACCAUGGGAAAGAGAGAAGAAAAUCGAAAAGAAACCACAGAAAUUUUACCCAAUUGACAUGGAUGAUGGGUAUGAUGUGAGAUAUGGUGGCUUGGGUCUCCGGCAGCUCGGGACGGCUGCGGCUCAUUGCAAGCUCGAUCCGAUGGUGGCGAACUUCAUGAAAGUCCUGUGCGGUCAAGAGAUUUACCGGUACGCUUUAAUGGAGCUCGGACACGAUGCACCCGACCUCCCGAUGGCGAUGCUCACCGAUUUGCAUAUCAAAAGAUGUGAGGAGACGUUGCUUGAAUUCGUUGAGAAAAUAAUGAAUACAAAGGAGAAGGAACAGAAAUCGGAUGCUAUGUGGUCAGACUUUAGUCAAAGAUGGUUCACUCUCAUGCACUCCACAAGGCCUUUCGUCUUUCGAGAUCAUCAAGUUCUUGCAGAUCAUGCUGCAUCUGCACUUGAAACGGUGAGAGACAUAAACGUGGCAUCAAGAAUCAUAGAGGAUAUGAGUGGUGCAACGAUUGACGAUCCACUUUUCGAUCGGUACCAGAAAAUAGGUUGCUCGAUUUCUCCAUUAGAGAAGGAAUCAGAAGACUACAGUAUGAUCGUUAAAUAUCUCGAGAGAACCUAUGAACCUGUGAAAGUUGGAGAAAUAAGCUAUGACGUGUCUGUGGAGAAUAUCUUUCAAGUGGAAGUGAGUGCAGGCCCUUCAUUCAGUGAAAUCAAAAAGCUCCCAAAUAAAGUUCUUCUAUGGUGUGGUACACGAAGUUCGAAUCUUUUACGUCACUUGCAUAAAGGAUUCUUGCCGGCUGUAUGCUCACUCCCGGUUUCAGGAUAUAUGUUCGGUAGGGGCAUUGUGUGUUCCGAUGCGGCUGCAGAAGCCGCUCGUUUCGGGUACACAUCAGUGGACAGACCAGAGGGAUUUCUAGUUUUAGCAGUUGCUUCUCUAGGGGACGAAAUUACAGAACUGACCUCACCACCUGAGGAUACGAAGUCACUAGAAGACAAGAAAGCUGGAGUGAUGGGGUUAGGAAGGAAGAAAACCGACGAAAAGGAGCAUUUCGUCUGGAAAGAUGACAUCAAAGUGCCUUGUGGUAGUCUAGUUGCAUCUGAGCAUAAAGACAGCACUCUCGAGUACAAUGAGUAUGCUGUUUACGAUCCGAAACAGGUGUGCAUGAGGUUUUUGGUUGGAGUGAAGUUUGAGGAACAAGAUGUGAAGUAUGAAGAAGUUGAUCCAGCAGCUGGUGAGGAUACUCAAGUGGAGUGAAGAGGGUGGGUAAAUGUUUUUUGGUAUGGGGGAAUGGGAUAUUAGUGGGUAUGUUUUGGUGUAAAAUCAUCAGGAUGGUGAAUGGUAUUAUCGGAUAUAUAUAUGUUUUGUUGUACUGGGUUUAACUUUAAAUAAGUAGUUAGUGUUGUGUAUA